AUGGCCUCCGACAGCCUCUCUGAUGCACGUGCCUCUGACAAGAUCGCGGAAGAGCUCGUUGCGGAGGAACUUGUUGAACAAGUUAAUAUUCAUGGAGAAAAGAUCCUUGACGACGAUCGUCCUUUCGGUGAUGCGGGUGGAAGAAAUCAACGAGAGCGAGCAUUGUUGAGAAAGCAAGACCUCAUGAUCAUGCCCCUCAUGACUCUGAGCUACAUGUUCAGUUAUCUGGAUCGAGCACAGAUUGGAAAUGCCCGCAUUAUGGGACUUCAGAAGUACUUAAAACUCGACAAUUCGCAGUACUACAACUGCUUGAUGAUCUACUUCGUUGGAUUCGCCGUUGCAGAACUGCCAUGUGCCCUCUUGUUGCGCAAGAUAUCUGCCAACUAUGUCUACGGACCUGCUGUGAUCCUCUUCGGGAUUGUGACCAGUUUCAUAUCCGUCAGUGGCAGCUACGCUGGCCUGAUGGUAUUACGGCUCUUACUUGGGAUUGGGGAAGCAGUGAUUACCACCGGUUUUCUCUACCUCAAUCUAUGGUACAGACGAGACGAACUCGCGUGGAGAUCUGGCUGGUUUUUUGCCUCGUCUGCUGUGGCUGGCUUGUUUAGCGGUCUGGUCGCCUGGGCUGUGGCAAAAGAUCUGGAGGGCGUAGACGGACGGCAUGCAUGGCAAUGGCUCUUUCUGGUGGAGGGGAUUCCGACAAUAGCACUGGGAAUCAUGGUCUGGCUGCUGCUUCCUCGCCUGCCAGAUCAACUGAUCAAAAACCCAUUUUUGACGUUCAGAAAUCGUGGAGAGAGGGAGCUGAUCUUACGGCGCAUGAUUGAGAGAAAGUCCUAUUCCUCAACAACGACCAAAAAUGACGCCGAUGUCAAAAUCGACUUUCGCCAGAUUUUCGCAGCGCUGAAGGACAUGAAAACCUGGUUUGGUGCAUUACUCAUGGCCGGGAGAUCGGAUACUCAGCAUGUCGCCCUAAUCGCUGGGUGCUGCUUUGUGGCCUCUGGGUCGACGCCUGCUGUGCCAAUCGCUGCCGCCUGGGUGACUUCAAUUCACGCUGGGUACACCAAGAAGUCCACGAUGUUCACCAUAAACAUGUUCUUUGUCGAGGGUUACGCUAUCAUCGCAACCCAAAUCUAUGAUACUCCUCCACGUUUCUUGAAGGGCCACGGUGUCACUCUGGGCCUGGUCGGAUUGGCAACCAUAUGCACAGUUCUGUUGUACUUUCAUCUGUAUCACGAGAACAAGAAGAGAGAUGCAGUUGCGAGACAGCUCGACGAGAGGGGUGAGGUCCAUCCUUUGGCUUCAAAGUCCCUGGAAGAAGUAUACGAUUUCCAUCCAGCCUUCAGAUAUUGGCUGUGA